GGAUGAGAGAGAGAGAGACUCCCUGAGCAAUGGAAAUGUACCGUUCCUGGAUGAGGAAAGGCUGCUAUAUUUUUUAGUGGACCCUACUUCAAAACCUUGCAUCAUAAUCACACCUGAGUUCACAAUGUUGUAAUGAACGACAAUUGCGAUGGCGAUGCCAAUAUUUUUGUUCCUUUUAUUUUCCUUCUAUUCGAUUUCGUCUGUUCAGUAGUCACCACAAGAUAUUGUUCCUUUUAUUUUCCUUCUAUUCGAUAUUUGUGCUGUGUGAUUCGUUCCCCACCCUGCUUUGCGAGACAGAAAACAGAGAAGAACGGGACAGGGUAUCGACGAGAGGGAGUCGCCAAGAGAUUAGCGACCAUGCAGCGCUGCAAUCACAAUGGAGGGGGGAGGGCGGAGUGGAAUCUGAUGAAGGCGGUCCGGAAAGCGGUGCUGACAGGAACGUUUAUGCCAGGGGGGACAGCGGGGCAGAGCAUGGGGGGCGAGAUUAGUUUGAGAGUGAAUCAGGAGAUGGCGAGAGUGUAUGUCACGUACCUGCGCGCGCACGCAGUAUUGAUCCAAUUCGAGGGUCCGCUGAGACAAUUCUCGUCGGAACUGAAGGUAGAUCUCGUCGGCCAGUGGGAGGGCACAUGGCCACGACUCGCGAGAGGACGAUUCAACGGGAGGAUGACUGCGGAGGGGCCCGCAACGAUCCUCUAUUGGGCACCAUCGGCGAUGUUUGAGAACGUGGUUGGUGGAAACUCGACGGCAACGGUCAUGGAUCGGUUAUCAUGGCUGCACCUGCCNNNUUUUGUCGGGUCUCAUGAAAAGCACAUCGAUGAUGCCUUGGGUUGGACGGCAGCGGUCAUGGAUUGGUUGUCAUGGCUGCACCUGCCGUUUUCUGUCGGGUCUCAUGAAAAGCACAUCGAUCAGGCCUUGGGUUGACGGUCGACAAGAAGUUACGUCAGAGAGACUAGUGAGUUGCAUGAGGGUGACCACUUUGCUCACGUCUCGAGGGACGACGUGAGUGAGAGAGAUGCACAUGGUCGAGAUGAGGUUGAAGAGGAAGCACAUCGCGAAGCAGCAGAUAAUGCGAGAGAAGACGUUGAAAUGGGAAUAAGCGAAAAGAGAGAAGAUGUUGGGAUAAAUGUUGAAGGAGAAGUGAAUGAGGAUGAGAAAUUUGACGAAGGAGGAGGAAUAAAGAAAGGGGAUGACGAAGGGAACAAAUAUCAUGAACGAGAAGGGGGAGAUAGAGGGCAAGGUGGUGUCGAAUGGGGAAAAGAUGAUGCAAUGAACGACACGGAGAAAAAGAAAUACCAUCAUGAAGAAAAAGCAGAGGAAGAGAAGGGCGACGAUGAAGACAAAACGAAUGAUGAAGAAAGAGGUGAAGUAGACGUAAGUGAGGAAGCAGAGGAGGAAGAGAAAUGUGGCAAUAAAGAGAAAGCAGGUGAGAAGGCAAAAAGUGACAAUGAAGAGGAGAUGCAUGAUAACGAAAAAGGAUUUACAACCGAAGGUGAAAAAGAAGAAGGGGUGAAAAAUCAUAAUGAAAAAAAUACGAACGAGGAAGAGAAAAGUGACGACGAAGAGAAAAUGGAUGAGGAUAAAAGAGGAGACAGGGGCGAAUGUGAAAAAGAAGAAGGGGAGAAUGAAUGGGGUGUUGAAGGAUAUACAGAGGAUGAGGAGGAGAACGAGGAUGAUGAAAAUGAAAACAACGGAGAGAAGUUUGUGGAAAGAGGAAGUAGUAAGAAGGGAGGUGAAAAAGGUGAAAGUGAAACAGAAAAAAAUUUCAAGUAUGAAACAGAGCGAGGGAGGAGGAAGGAAAGAAUCGAAGAUCGGGAAGAGGUGAUGAGAAAAUCAAUGGAAAGUGAUGAGAACAAAGAUGAUGAUCAAAUUCUUUCUGCAGCAGAGGACAGGGAUGAAGAAAAUACAAGUUCUUUGUCGCGAAGUUCGGAAGAGAGAGAGGAACGAAGAGGGAUACAAGAGUCGAGGAUAGAGGGAGGAGAACGUGAGGGGGAGGAAAGCACACCACGCGCAAGUCUACGUCUCGAAACUCAAAACACCGAGAAAGAAACUUGCGUAGAAUCAAGUGAAGAGGAGGAGGAGGAGGAUGAAAAUGAAAACAAGGGGGAGAAAUCUGUGGAAAGAGAAAGUAGUAAGAAGGGAGGUACAGAGCGAGGGAGGAGGAAGGAAAGAAUCGAAGAUUGGGAAGAGGUGAUGAGAACAUCGAUGGAAAGUGAUGAGAAUAGAGAUGAUGAUCAAAUCCUUCCUGGAGCAGAGGACAAGGAUGAAGAAAAUAUAGGUUCUUUGUCGCGAAGUUCGGAAGAGAGAGAGGAACGAAGAGGGAUACAAGAGUCGAGGAUGGAGGGAGGAGAACGUGAGGGGGAGGGAAGCACACCACACGCAAGUGAACGUCUCGAAACUCAAAACACCGAGAAAGAAGCUUGCGUAGAAUCAAGUGAAGAGGAGGAGGAUGAAGAAGGUAUAAGAAAUGCAGGCGUGGAGGAUAUUACAGAUAUAUGCCAUGAUUGGGUGGAUACACGCUCGCACUUUCGUGGUGAGGAGAAUGUUAACCAGGAGGAUCACGACAUGGUCCCUGCAUAUUUGCAGCUGGACUUCGAGAAAUACGAAUUCGACAAUUUGCGAUCCGGGAUAAAACAUUUGGACGGAAUUCGGGACAUGUCACCGAGAGCUGUGUUUUUUAGAUUGUGGCCACAAGAGGUUUUCGACAUGAUCAUGAAAGAAACGAAUGAGUACGCAGAGCGUCGGCUAGAAGCGGUGAGGAGAGAAUCUAGGAAACCAAGGACAUGGAGACCGACGGAUAGGUUAGAAAUGCUAGCAUUUUUCGGUCUCGUGAUAGCAAUGGGUUUUAAUCGAUUACCGAAUAUGAACGACUAUUGGCGUACCGGAGCAUGUGGAGUGGUGACGUAUACCGAUUUCGGAAGAGUGAUGAGCAAAACUCGGAUAGAGAUGACAGAUGCAGGAGGGGCAAGCACUUUUGCAGAUGGUGGAAGAAAAUUGAAAAAAGUUGACGGUGAAAAAGUACAAGUCAAAGUGAUGGAAAGUGGAGGGGGAAGAGGAGGUGGCACAAGAAGAGUCAGAGACAUAGGAGGCGGAGUGGGAAGAGGACGGAACGAGACUGCAGGUGAAGGGGGAAGAGGAGCAGCAAGAGAGGAAGCAAGUGGAAGGGGAAGAGGAGCGAAAGACACAACUGGCGGAGUGGGGAGAGGAAGAGUAAAAGAGGGAGUAGGUGGAGUGGGACAGGGCAGAGGAGGCAGUACAUCAAACACCCGCCCACAAAGAACUCAAAUUGAGAGGGGAAAAAUGCCAUCGAUGGGGGAGGAGGAGGAGGAGGAGGAGGAGCAAAAAAAAGAGAAAGAAAAGAAAUCGGGGGACUCGUUGACUCCAGUACAGCUGGCAAACCGAGCUCACACGACGAUUACAAAUAUCAAACGAGAUGUGAAUGAAACCUAUGGGAUGGUGAAAGAUUUGGAGAAGAAGCGGAAAGAAGAGGUGGGCAGAUCGAAAAAGUUUGCCCAGGUGACGAGAGACAAGGUGGAUGAUCUGCAAGAAAACUGGAACGAGGAGGUGGUGAAAUUGAGAAACAUGUACGAACAAAAAUGGAAAAAAAAAAAAAAAUGGAUAAAGAAAGAUUUGGAGGCGAGAGGUGAGGAGAGAAGAAGAGCAUACGAGGAGGGAAUGAAAGAAGUGGGGGAAAAGUUGGAAGCAGUAAAAGAGAAAAUGAAAGAGAUCGAGGAGAAGGAAUUGGAGUUGGAGAAAAGGGAAGCGGAGGUGAAAAAAAAAGAAGGGAAAAUGAUGGAGUGUGGAACUGAAGAGGUUAAAGCUGCAGGCGAGCGGGAAGUCUUUGUGGCACAAUCAGCAGAGAAAGGAGAUGGAAAGGAAGAGGUGAUGAAACUCCUUGCAGAAAAGGUGGAAAGUUUGCAGAUGUCAAUCACGCAAAUGAAGGAAGGGGGAAAAGGGGUAGGGAAAAAAAUGCAAAACAAACAGAAAAGAAGGUGGGAACAUGCAAAGGGAAGAGAAGGGAGAAAAGAAGAAGCAGAGAAAAAAGAAGAAGAGGAAGAGAAAGGAGGAAGGAGUAUGCAAACAGGAAGGGGAGAGGAGGAAAAAGUGGCAAAGCGACGAAAAUCGAAUCGCGACUUAAAAAGGGAAGAAUGGAUCAGCAGGAAGUUUUGUUGGUAUUGCGAGGCGCAUGGCCACGCACCUCCCGUGCACUGUGAUGACCUUCGUUUUGAUAAGGAGAAAGGGUAUGUAAAGCAUGCAACCCAAGAGAACGGUCGUAGCGAUGGAACAACGCAUCGGCUCAUUGCAAUGAACUUGGAGGAGUUUGCAAUUCGCGCUUGCGAGAUUUGGGAGCCGGUUGUGCGUAGCGAACCGAAUUUUGAGGAGAUGGAUUACAUUGUACCCCCUAGUUCUAGCGAUGUGGAGGGUGGCAUACCCUCUGGCGGGGGGGGGGAAUACGAGAGAGGGAGAAGGGUCGAGGCAGAUGAUGAAGACAGGGGGAUAGAGGCAGAGUUCGAAAGGAGACGGAGAGGGGAUGUUGGACCUUUACACGAGGCGGAAGGUGAUGAAGGAAGGGAUGAUGAUGAACGGAGAAGCAGACAAGGACGGAACGAGGGGGAAACAGGAAUAGAUGCAAACGCACAUGGAAGACUGAAUGAGGUACGUUCACAAGAGAACAUCGUCGAAAUGACGGCGGAGGAAGCGCCGUUGGAAAGAAAUAGGGGCAGGAGACGCAUCCGAAGGGAACCCGUAGAUGCCGUGGCAGAAGGUGCUCGGAUGCCAGAAGAGGAAGGUCCGUGCCCGAUUUUAAAAGAACAUGCUGUAACGUGGAAACCCCAUAUAUACAGCUUGUUAGGAAGGUCGACGAGCAGGGAGAUAGUAGCAGCGGUUGCGGCCAUGGAAAACGAACGGUGCACGAAUUGUCAAAAAAAACAUCCGAGAUUGUCAGAUGGAAUGCGGGACCGGACUAUUGGGGUCAGGAUCGCUCAGGUUGAUGGAAUCGAAACAGAGCAGUACAAAGAAGUACAUAAACUGCUCAUGAAGGUUAUAAAGGACACUGAAAUUAUCGGAGUGGAGGGUGCGAAAGUGCAUUUAGACACUUUCUAUGAUGAUGGGUUUGGAAGGAUUGUCGCGGGCGUGUAUGUCUUGAGGGGGGAAAUAUGUUCUAUAGAUAUUGCGUCGAUGUUGGCGAGAAAGGGCUUGGUCUUCGUGCAUCCGACUCUCUGCCUGCGUACACAGUUGCACAUAGAGCAAACAAAUUCCAGAUCCGUCGCAGAAAAUUUCUUGAAGAAAGUCAAUGAAGGAGCGAACGACGAAAACAUCCCACGGGAAAGAAGUGAAAAAACAUUUGACCACGUAGUAAGGACGUGGUUUCAAUUGAAGAAGAACUACUCGAGAGAGUUGAGCUUGAAGGACUGCGUACAGAAGUUCGAAGAAGAAGGUGCAAGGUAUACCAGUGACGUCAUCGAUUUCGUGAACUUGAAUAUGUGGAAGGGCAUGCAGCGACCGUGGGUGUACAAAAAAAAGAAGGCGCAACGGCUAGAAAACACGGGAAAGACGACUCGGAAGGCGAGAAAAUUGAUGAGUCAUUCACAAAGAGAAUCCUGGAGCUGCAAACGAAGACGGAAAAGAGAGAAUGACCGAGGCAGGCGGAGAUCAUUUGAAGGUUGCACAAACGAAGAUGAGGAUUCCGAGGAAGAAGACGAGGAGGAGGCAGAAGGAGAAGAAGAGGACGAUGUAUAAGCGAGAAUUCUAAAUGCUGAGAGGAAGGAGAGAUACGCACGUAGCAAAGCCCGUCCUUUGUACAGGAGGAGAUGCGAGAGGAGGGAUAAAAUCGGUGUAAGGAGGUUCCAACAUAGAGGAGAGUAAUUAUCGUUAUAUUCGUGACGAAAGAGAAAUGCGCAACGAGGAAACAAAGAGGAUAUUUCGAU